CCGCAGUGUCCCAGGCUUGAGCUGAAGGAUGGCGCCCUUAAGGAAGAUCUUAGUCGUCGUUGUGUUGAUCUGCUCAGGAGUCUGGUGGGGAUCCGACGCUAGCAAGUAUGAAGAAAAGUGUCCUGCUACCUGGGGAUAUGGAGUGGAGCAGGAGCGCGAAUGGGGUUGUCGAUGUGAUGAUGGAUAUAGCCAAAGCCCCAUAGCAAUCUGGACCAAGGACAGAAGAUCUCAGAAUUCUGAUUUCAACGAUGCGUACACAGCUGAUAUACCUUCUCUCACCGGGACUUUCUACGACGAACGCAACACACCGUUCCUCUUCAACAUCACCAACAACAACCACACUGUGAAGGUGCAACUUAUUGGCGGUGAGAAGCUCUAUCUGGAGGGUGGGAGGCUGCAAGAUCGCUACUACCUCGAUCACCUCAGCUUCACAUGGGGUGCAACCGACAACGAAGGUAGCGAACACGCCAAUAGCUAUUUGAGAUACGCAAUGGAAGCUCAAUGGACGCUGCUCACCGAGGAGUACAAGGAAUCACCGGAUCAUUACUCGGGGGGAAUCAUGAAAAUUGGCAGAGUAAUGAUGCUUGCCGAAGAGGAUAAUCCAUCUCUGGCGCCUAUAGUAGCAGCACUGCCCAGUGUCCGCCAGCCUGGUCAGACUGCUUCCCCAGAGGAGCCGAUAAUCUACAACAACCUCUUCUCCGACGCCAUAGACGACUACUAUACCUACAAUGGCAGCUUAACCACGCCACCCUGUAGCGAGCCAGUUGUGUGGCUCGUUUAUUUCCUUCAAGAAGGCGUCUCCAAAUCGCAGUUGGCAGAGUUCCGGAAACUGCAGACCACAAACGGCCCCAUGGUGAACAACUUCCGGCAGGUGCAUAAGAAGAUGGACCGCGGCCUCGUGUUUCACCCCAGUUGCACCCACAGACCGUGCAACUCGAGCUCAGGGACAGGGCGCCAACGAGACGGUGGGCGUCGCGCGGCAACCCAGUCUGGCCGGCACGGCGUCUCCAAGAGCCACGGUGCAGCGCGGCGCAGCCAGCACUAGCUGCCUGCCUCCAGGAUCUGCUGCUGGAGUACCUGGCCCGCGCUCACCGACCCACUCUGCUGUUCUGCUUGGCGACCUCGCUAAUGCUAUGUUUGACCUUCCUAGCAGCACUGGGGUCAAUAUGGCCCCAUAAGCACGAUGAAAAUGUAUGUCUCCUUUGUUUUCAAUACUAUUAUUUUCAAAAUAUAUUACUUUAUGAGUGAGUUGCACCCAAUGAU